GAGGAAAAAGACCAGGAAAAGGAGAGGGGGAUUCCUCCCGUCGCCCUCCAUCCCAGAGCCCGCAAGGAAUUCCCAGAUGGGCUAAAGGGCGGUGGAAAGUUUGAAGCCGGAGGACCCCUUGCCCAGGGCUUGGCACCGAGGGGUGUAGAGACGCCCCCCUCGCUGCUCGCCGGAGUGGAGCUGGCGCAGUGAAUCAUGUGCAGUUCUUUCCUUAUUGCCUUCAGCGCAUGGUUUCACCUUCAGGUUUCUUGUUUGUCUGUGUCCUUCUCCAAAUCGCUUCACCUCAACUGCAAGAAGGUCCUGCUUGCUAUUUGACUCAAGAAACGCCAAUGAAUGUUUGUAUCCCAAAUGCUUUCAAGCAGCUGGAAGAAAACCCAAAUAUGAGAAUGAAGAGAUAAAGGUUCCAUCAGCAGGAAUGCAUGAUUGAAAAAGCAACCCAGUUUCCCAGCCCGGAACAGGGUUCUGCCCUUUUGACUGAUGCUUCUGCGGUGCAGAUGGAUUGUAGCAUAAGCGCAAACAUGGAAUUACGAAGAGCCUCCAGUCCUCACAAGAUGAACAAGAGUGAUAUGAAUGCAAACAAGUCUGUGCUGCACAGCUGCUGCAUCUGUGGCAAAAGUUUUCCUUUCCAGAGCUCACUCUCGCAGCACAUGAGGAAGCACACAGGCGAGAAGCCAUACAAGUGUCCUUAUUGUGACCACAGAGCUUCCCAAAAGGGCAACUUGAAGAUUCACAUCCGGAGUCACAGGACAGGCACUAUUAGUCAGGGGAAUGAAGUGGAGAUGGGAGGAGAAGCACAGCUCAGUGAGAUGAGAGUAUCCGAAGGCCUUGAUGGUUGCACUAGCCCUACCAAAACGACCUCUGCCUGCAACAAGAUAUUGAACGGAGCAACUCCCAAAGAAGAAGGCAAGAUCUUGCUCAGGAGCAGCAGGAAGGAGUCCUCAGAGGAAGCACCAGUUGGAGAAGAUGUUAAGUUAUGUACUUUUCCUUGUACCUUCUGCAAAAACAAGUUUGAAGGUAAGAAAGAGUUGGAGCAGCACAUACACCAGGUCCACAAACCUUUCAAAUGCAGGCUGUGCAACUACAUGACGUUAAGAGAGGAGACUCUGCUAAACCACAUAGAAAGAGACCACAUCACCACUCAGAUUCCAAACGGGGAAACGUACAAUGCCGAGAACUGCAAGGCUGAGUCGAGUGCAGGAGAGUUUCCUUGCGAAGUCUGUGGGCAGGCUUUUAGUCAAACCUGGUUCCUCAAAGCUCACAUGAAAAAGCAUAGAGGGUCUUUUGACCACGGAUGCCACAUCUGUGGCAGGAAAUUUAAAGAGCCCUGGUUUCUCAAAAACCACAUGAAAUCCCAUGGCCCAAAAUCUGGGAGCAAAAACAAGCCAAAAAAUGAUUCGGAGCCUAUAGCCACUAUUAAUGAUGUCGUUCAAGAAGAGAUGAUUGUGACUGGUUUGUCCCUGUAUGAAAUUUGUACAAAGUGUGGAAACCUGUUUACAAAUAUGGAAAGCCUAAAAGCACACAAUUCUGUACAUUGCAAGUCUCAAGGAGCCCACAGUGAACAUAGAGUUGAUAGGCUAGUUGACGGGGACCCCCCUGUUGCAAAGCAGUUUUUCUUCCAGUAUCUGAAACUAAGGCCAUCUGUAGGGACUGAUGGCACUCCAAGGGGCCAUUCAGGAAAAAGAGUAGCUGAGCUGGAUCCAGUCAACAGUUACCAGGCCUGGCAUCUGGCUACCAAAGGAAAAGUUGCAGAGCCUUCUGAGUACGUGAAGUAUUUAGGAUGGGACGAAGUCCUGGCAGAUGCUGACGUCACUUACGACAGGGACAAAAGGGAAUAUAUUCUCGUCAGCCAAGAGAAGCGCAAACAAGAGCAGGACUCCUCCAGCUCGUCCAGCAAUCCGAAAAAGAAGAAUUGUACUAGUGGGCGUUCGGAAAAAAGCAGCCACGUGCAGUCGGGAGACAGCUGCAUGCUUAGCCAAGAAGACCUGGAGUAUAGGCCGUCCUCGCGCCAGAGCAGAAGGGUGUCUCAGAACAAGUCCACAGAGUGCUUUGAGUGUGGCAAGAUCUUCCGCACUUAUCACCAAAUGGUACUUCAUUCCCGUGUGCACAGGAAAGACCGCAGAAGCUGCAGUGAAGGGGUGGCGGCCGCUCAGCAAGAUCGGUAUAGAUCAAAUAGUGAGGAUGGUGACUCUGGGUCUGCCAGUGGACCGAGCACACCAAGUUCUGCUUCUGGCCCAGAUGAUUCAGUCACCUCUGGAGUGGGUGAGGAGGGGCCCGAGGAUAGUUCAGAGGAAGGAACGCAAGAGCCACCCCCACGUAAAAAGCCGUACCUCUGCAGUUUUUCUGAAGAAGCACCUCUGGCAACCCUACAGUUCAACCAUGGGAGAAACAUUACAAGAGAAAACAACGCCGGUGAAUCUAAAACAGAGCUGUCUUUGGUGGCAUCUAUACCAGAAAACAAGACCAGAGAACCCUUUCCAAAAUAUGUGGAUUGCAAAAUUUCCCUGGAUUUAAAGAAAUCGGCAUUUCAGCAAAGCCACAAUUUCCCUUGCUCCAGUAGGACUGUUGACUUUGCUUCUAGACUCUGUCCAACGUAUUCUGAUGUGAGAAGAGAUUUGCAAACCCCGCUGGGCAAGGGCUCUAAGGAGAAUCCUCCUGAUAUGUGUGAAGACUCUGUGUUAGUUGACAGUGCAGAUUUCCCAGAGAAGAUUCCAUUAGAUCUAAGUGAGAAGUCAAGCAGGGCUGAUUCAUGCAAUACGAGUUUUACCUCAACCUUACAGGCUGCUUUGAUUGUCCACCCGUGCCCUUACUGCAGUCAUAAGACCUAUUACCCAGAAGUCCUGUGGAUGCACAAAAGAAUUUGUCACAAGGUCAGCUGUAACUCUGUGGCUCCCCCUUGGGUUCUUCAAAAUGGAUUCAAGAGUAUAAAACACAACGCCGUUUUCAUGGCACGAAGUGGCCGCACCGGACCCCCUCCUGCUCUUGGUGGUAAAGAAUGCCAGCCUUUGCCUGUCAGCAGAUUCACACGCCUUCAGGUGCCAAGUGGGUUGCCGGGAUCUAAAAAUAUUUCUUCUGGUUCUGCUAUGACUGCUAAGCCUGGGACUAUGCAGAAGGAUGCGCCACUGCCCACUGGUAGCUAUGGUCCACGGUCAUUAGGCACUGAUGGGUACAGGCAGCCCAAACUGAACCACACCCACGAGCAAAACAGCACAGUAUCCCAACAGCCCCAAGUGAAAGCAAAAUAUGAAGCAAACUCCAAGUUGCUGCAGGCAGGGAGCUUUGGUGUAAGUUUGGCGCCUUCCCCGGUGAUUGUCUCUAAACCCAACUCACAGCCCUCCAACAGCAAACUCUCCGAGAAGUAUACCGUUCCCCAAGUCAGUGCUGGGUUUGUCCCUUUAAGCAAGCAUUGCGCUUCAGAACCAGGGAAGGCCAAAUUUUACUCUCCGCCUCAGUACCUCCCCCCGUGUAAAGCUGAGCCAUACCUUGUGCAAGAAGACCCACCUGUGCCUCAGCAAGAUCCGAACACCAAGAAAGAGAACGAGGGGAGGGCCCUGGUCAAUUGUACAGCAGGGUCCAGAGCAAGUCCUCUGAUGCUGCCCCAGCCUCUCCCACCUGUACAUUCCACCAAACAGGAGCCACCGUCGGAAGGACACGAGAAGUGCUUGGACAUUUUGAACAUCUUUAAGACCUCCAUUCCCAAGGAUCUCGCCACUCUCUACCAAACAUGGGGUGCCAAUAGCCCUGUAGUGGACCAUGCCGGGAUGCUUAGGACACAAACACGCCAAGGAGACUAUCUCUGCGUAGAGUGUGGAAAGGGUUUCACCCAACCAAGCCACCUCAGAACUCACAUGAGGUCUCACACAGUGGUAUUUGAGUCUAAUGGACUCCGAGGUACUGACGUUCACACCACCUCCGCAGACGCCCCAAAACAAGCGAGAGACCCUUCCAGUGCAGAUAUUGUCCAUACAGUGCCUCUCAGAAAGGGAACCUAAAGACGCAUGUCCAAUGUGUACACCGGGUUCCUUUUGACAACAGCCAGUACCUUGAUCGACGGUUCCUACAGCCUCCAAAUAAUUAUUCUCACAACCCUAUGGAAGA